GGAUGAAGUACAGAAAUUAUGAAGAUUUAUGAGUAAAAUUUUAGGUGAUGCGGAUGUUACGUGGCAGUGGCAGAGAUAAAAAGGAAUCCUCCCAAUCUCUCCGCCCUUACAAACCAAAAACAAGAGGGAACCAAACUGCCGUUUUACAAUUAGCAGUUUGCCGGCCUGUUUUUCUUCAUCUGAAAACCGCUUUCUCUCUCCCGGUGCUUUCGCUCCUUUCCUAAUCUGUGAAAUUCCACAUCUUCCCGAGGCUUCCCAUGUCUCUCCUUUUCUGUUCUUGAAGACACGUUUCUACAGUACACUCGACUUUGUAUCUCUUCAUCUUUCUCUGUUUCCACAGCUUCCCUCCCCCCCCCAUGGCUCUAUAAUCUUUGACUGCAUCUGCUUCCUUUACCAUGGCUUUUCGCAGCCACCUCUCUCGGGACCUUCCUCUCCAUUACGCGAAUCAGUCUCAACAGCAGCAAUCGGAACGCCCGCUUUCUGAUAACACUCUGCGCUCGAUUCUAUCUGAUCAACUUACGGAUCACUCUACAGCUGCCGAUGGUUCUAAGUCUGAGAAUCCGCUUCAGAGCGCUCCGAAUUGGCUGAAUACUGCUUUACUUCGGAAUCAAACCCCUCAUUCUCACUACUCCGGUGAGACCACGACGACCGCUGCGGAUAACGUCAACACCGACUUCCUUAAUCUUCACACGACUGCUCCCAAUUCGUCCGGUCAAUGGCUUUCCCGCCCGAUCCUCCAUCGCAAUCAAAGUGAUGUUAUCGAUGACGUCGCCGAUGCUGCCGAUGCUAUGAUUGGCGCUACUGCGACUUUGUCGCGUGAAUCGGAUGAUUUGAAGAACAACAGCAGUGGUGGAGGAGGGGACGGUGUGAAUAACAGCGACGAUGUGGCGGUUGAGAGCGAUUGUAAUGAAGGUGCUCGUGGUGGAGAAGCGGCGAUGAAUUGGCAGAAUGCGCAGUUUAAGGCUGAAAUUCUGGCGCAUCCUCUUUACGAGCAGCUGCUCUCUGCUCAUGUCGCCUGCCUCCGGAUCGCAACGCCGGUGGAUCAGUUGCCGAGAAUAGAUUCUCAGCUUUCUCGGUCUCAGAAUGUGGCGGCGAAAUACUCGUCGCUGGGUAACGGUUCCCAGUCCAUAGUCAGCAAUGGAAAAGAGCUUGAUCAGUUCAUGACGCAUUAUGUUUUUUUACUUUGUUCUUUUAAAGAACAACUCCAGCAACAUGUCCGUGUCCAUGCAAUGGAAGCAGUAUAUGCCUGCUGGGAAAUUGAGCAAUCUCUGCAAAGCUUGACAGGCGUUUCACCAGGUGUAGGUACGGGUGCUACAAUGUCCGAUGAUGACGAAGACCAAAUAGAUAGCGAUGCUAUGUUUGAUGGAAGUUUGGAGGGUCAUGAUACUAUGGGAUUCGGUCCCCUUAUCCCAACAGAGAGUGAGAGAUCCUUGAUGGAAAGGGUCAGGCACGAAUUGAAGCAUGAACUAAAGAAUGGAUACAAGGAGAAAAUUGUAGAUAUAAGGGAGGAGAUCUUACGAAAAAGGAGAGCAGGUAAACUUCCUGGUGACACCACGUCCGUCUUAAAAGCUUGGUGGCAAUCACAUUCAAAAUGGCCAUAUCCAACUGAGGAAGAUAAAGCAAAGUUGGUUCAGGAAACUGGUCUUCAAUUAAAGCAGAUAAAUAACUGGUUUAUUAACCAAAGGAAGAGGAAUUGGCACACAAAUCCUUCAACCUCAACGACCUUGAAGACUAAACGCAAAAGAAGUAAUGCAGGUGAAGCAACAGGCAACGACCAUCCAUAGCUCUAGCUUGAUGGAAGAAAAUAACAACAACAAAAGAAGGAAAGAAUCCCCUUGAUCCUUCGAUAUCAAGUUGUAAGCUGAAGGUAUAAAUCAAACAGAUUUGAAGCAUUGAAUGAAAUUGGAAAUCAUCGAGUGUUCUGGGGUUCAGCAGCAAUGUUGAUGUUGAAGGCCAUUGUUAUAUAUAUAUGGUGAAAGGAAUUUGAAUGGAGGAGGAUGCAACUGAACUACUACACGGAAGAUUAGAAUUUAAAUAUUGAAGGCUUUUGUAGAACUGAAUUGGGUGUUUUCCACUUGGUUUAGUGAGAUGUUGAAGAAUUUUUCUUGGUGAGGAAAAUAGAUGUAUAGUGUAAUAAGGUUUGGUAUGGUUCCUUUACAAGUCAUACUAUACUAGCCAUUAUGGCUUUUUCUUAACACGUCUUAGAUUCACGAUUGAUUUGAAGUUGUAGUUAAUAUGUCAAAACAUAGCUUUUACAUUAUAUAUGUAUUUGACACGAAAUUUCAUUGAUCAUACUUAAUUCAUCAACUCUAUGAUGGAGUGAUUUUAAUA